GCUUCAGUUUGUUCCAUCACAGUCAACAGUUCACACGCGUCCGUCCCAACGUUUUUUUACGAACAACACGAUCAGGAUUUGUAGGGGUGACUUUGCGCAGGGCGAGGGGUGGUUUUUUAUAGAUGAGCGAAGAAAAGAACGAGCCUGCCCAGGGACAGAAAGGAGGCAACAGGUUUCUGGCGUUUGUCAAGAGAAAGAUGCCAGCCGCCUCCGCGUCGUCAACAAGGGAUGCGAAUGAUAAGCCGCUCUCCGAGUCGCUUCUCAACGCGUCGCCCUUCCUCAUCAAAGUUCUCGAGCUUGUGUUAGCAGUAUUGUGUCUCAUUUUGAUCUACGUUCCAUUUGACAACCGCUUACAACAGAAUGUGCAUCAUGGAGGAAUCAUUUACUCAGCCUACAUAUCAGCAAUCAUUAUCAACAGCGUUCUCAUUACGAACCAUCUGCAAGGACAAAGGGUCCCUCAGAAACUUCUGUACACGUACUCAGUGAUCCUCGGCCUGCUGUUCUUCAUUGCCGGCUACGUAGUGCUCCACGAUUGGUGGGCCCUCAUGCACAGCCUCUACUUCCAUCCGCCUAAGCUCUUCAUGGACAUGAUGAUUAGUUCGGGCGCAUUCGCCAUCAUCAACUCCAUCGCUUUCUUCGUGGAUGUGUGGCUCACCUACCGCUAUGGAUGAGCUCAACACCUCACCAACAUCUUCUACUCCCAUCGAGAACGUCAAUCAAUCUACCUAUGGUUUUUGGUAGAGUUCUGAAUCAACCCAAAAGUAUUGACAUUGAGAAAAGAUAGCAUAUAGAAAAACAUAACACAAAUAUACUAUCUGCUAUAAAUAAAAAUAUAAAUUUUAAUACCCUUUACAAAUUAUUUCGUCACAUGAUUCGGUCACUAAUGCCAUUCCAAGUCUUCACUUGACAAGUCUUGACUUGAAAAUAAAGAACUUGACUUGACAAGUCUUGUCUUCACUUGACAAGUUUUGUCUUGACUUGACUUGGCAAGUCUUGACUUGAAAAUGGCAUUAGUAGCCGAAACAUGUCGUGACGAAAUAAUUAGAAAAGGGUACUCAGAUUUAUAUUUUUAAUUAUAUUCAAAAGUAGCCCUAAUGAAAAAAGACAAUACUAUCUGCUAUAUGCUUCUUUAUGUAAAAGAUAUACUAUCUCUAUAUGCUAUCUUUUCUCUAUGGUAUUGUCAACCCAUUAGUUGAUUUUUUUGAACGAUUUCUAGUUGAUCAAGUCAACAAGAAAUAUUCACACGAGGAAGACUAAAAUAAUUACUAGAUGUGUUCUGAAUUCUAAUAUAAUUAGUCGGUAUUAAAUAGUACUUUAAGAAGAAUCAUCUAUCAUCCCUUUAGAUACAAUUCGCUACAUAAGUAUAAUUUACAAAACAUUAUUUUCCCAAAAUUAUGUCCAAACAUUCAAUUCGACCUAAUAGUAGGAAAUUAUAGGCACUGAACAAUAAAUAAUGUAUUCAACAAACCUAUCAUGUUCCACACACCACACAUAAAAUAUGAAAUAGGUAGGUUUCAUCAUUUUUCCUGUUGUUGAAUAUCGUCAAUUUUUUAACGUAAUUUAUUUAUUAUUGUAUUCAUUAUUACAUUCAGCAUACACUUAGUCAAUUAUCAAUAGUAUAUAGAGUUAAAUUGAUCAUUCCAAAUCCCAUACACUUAUUAAUUAUUUCUGCAUUACAUACUAGUAGGUUACAUACUGGUAGGUUAUGAACGAAUUUAACAUAAAUUCACAUAUUUAUAAUUUAUUUUUAUGUAAUUAUUAUUCAUCAACACAUCAGUAUAUUCAAAAGUGUGAAAGACUUUUAAGAUGAAUUGAAUAGAAGGCACUAAAACGUUUGACCUUUAAUCAAUUUAUUACAUUAAUAUUAUAUUAUUUCUGUACUAAGAUAUUUUUUCAAAUAUGAUUCUUCCAAUAGAAAUUUACUCCUAUGUAUUGAAUUUGAGAGGAAUAAAGCAGCUUUCGCAAAUCGAACAAAUAUUUAAAUGCUUCAGAUUUUUUAUUAUUCUAUAUGAUUUGAAUAGUAUUAUUUGAAAUAAUAUUAGUAAUUACAUAAUUUAUUGUUGUAGAAGAGUUGUAGAGAAUAAUGAUACUGUAACUUUAUUAUGUUUUUUCAAUAUAGCAAUCGUUAUUUUUAUUUAAGGUUUUAGAACUACAUCAAUAAUGAGACAAGUCAAAACUUCAGUUUACAAUCGAAGAGGGCUACAGGAAAGCGAUUUAAGAGAGAAAAAUGCUAGUCUUUGUUUACAGAAAUAUUCAACAAUGUCAAUGAUUUUCCAAUAUCAUAGAAUCUAUUUAUAAACCAAGAGGGGUCACAAGACAUUGUAUAAUAUGAAGUCGAAAAAUCACGCCUUCAAUGAACCUUUUCAAAUGUACCGUUGUCAAAGAUGCUUUGGCGUUUGCUUCAAAAAGUUCAACACGUAUGCUGAAUAACCAAUAACAAUGAAGUAGAAACUAAAAAAAUUGACAAAUUAAUAAAAACAAAAAUCAACAAUACCAAC